AUGGCGCGAACCAAGGAAGACGCGGCGACGAGCGAAUCGACUCCUCGCCGCAGCGGACGGGCCCAGGCCGGCACCGAGGGAGGAGUCAAAAAGGCCUACGUCCCCACUGGCCGCCCGCGCGGCCGCCCCAAGAGCGACAACCCAAAGAAGACGUCGGCGUACGUCCCCACUGGCCGUCCUCGCGGCCGUCCCCCGGGCAGCGGCAAGAAAAAGGGCGCGACCAAGGCGGCCAAGGCGACGCCCGCCAGCGCCUCCAAGCCAAAGGGCACCAGCGGACCCGGCAAACGUGGGCGACCUCGCAAGUCGGAUGCCGCCGCAGAGACGCCCCAGCCAAAGGGCAAGCGCGGCCGUCCGCCCAAGAAGUCGCUCGAGCCCCAGCCUGAGCCCGAGCCCGAGGCCGACGAAGUCGACAAUGCUGAUGGCGAUGCUGCGCCUCUGUCCGACGCUGCCGAUGACGCUGCCAAGCUUGACGUCGCAGGCCAGGACAAUCUCGCCACGGAUUCUGGAGAGGAGUCGGAGCCGCUCGAGUGA